AUGGCAGAAACACCUGAUUUUCUACAGCCGAAAGCUGCCACCGCGCUGAAUAUCCCUCCCCCCUCGUCGACCGUUGACGUCCGAGUCAUAGACACAGCUGAAAGGCUUCGGCGGCCUCGACGGCGGAAGCACCGUCCCGGCGUCCUGCGGCCGACAGAAUGCCUGCCCUUUCCUGCCUCUGUGCCGGCGUCGCUGUGGGGCUGCUGUCCCGGGGAUGUGCUGGGGGCACUCAUUGCGUCGGGUAAGAGUCUAAAGCAUCUGCUCCGGAAGCAUGGGAUUCCUGUCGAGGCGGACCGUCCAGGCGUCGGCCAAGAUAGGCAGGACCAGGUCUUCUCGGGUAUCGUCUACCGUGUCAAUGUUCCUACGGGAUAUAGUCUGGGCAUCACCGAGGCGGAUGUUGUCCAGUAUGACCCCAAUGCCACGGGACCUCUCACCAACCCUGGAGGCGAGUUUGGUGGCUUUGAGAAGAUCCCUGCAGAUCUACGAUCAGGGGUCUCCAAGACGACAGCACGGGCCCUAGAGAAAUAUUCUUCCGACUGGCCCGAGAUCCAGUAUCUCUCUCUCUCCCUCUUCGUCGGUGACCUCGGGUCCACUCAGUCCCCGAAUGAUGGUUAUAACCACGCCAGUCUCAUAGGCACACUCAUGACCCCCACAUCGAGAGGGAAUGUCUCAGUUUCCUCGUCGAGCAUGCGGCGAUCCGCCCCUCAUCAACCCCAAUUGGAUGACCACGGACGCCGACCUCUAGGUCAUGGUUGCGAUUCUCAAGCGCAUGCGGCAGGUGUGGAAAAGCCGGCCGUCCAAGCCCUCACCAUUGGGAAGAUGCGUGUGGUUGAUGGGUCUGGGCCUCUGUUUUGGACGCCUGGCGAGGCGCCUCAAUCCGUCGUGUAUAUGCUGGCCAAGAAAAUCGCCGACGUGUUCAAGAAACAGCUGCCCUAG